UGGAAUCCAGUAUUGUGCCGAAAAUCUUAUAGAUACCUUGUGUUCCCGGUUGGAAUUUUCGCUAAAUAUUAAAAUAAUAACAACAACAACAAUAAUAAUAAUACACACACUAAAUAAAAAAAAAACAGAAAUAUACAAUUUCAGUUUACAGUGUGUUCUGUGCUACUCAAACGCGUUUGUGUAAUAAGCUAGAAAAAUAUGGAAAAAAAAUCCUAUAAAAAAUGGAAAAUUAUACAAAUAAAUCAUUUAAAAAAUGAAUUUUCUAAAGUGAAAAAAUUUAACCCCCCCUUGUCUCUAUAAAUUUUGAUUGAUGCUAAGAAAUAAUAUAAUUAAAAUGAAAAGUUUUCAUUAAAAGUGUCUUUAACAAAAGAAAGAAAAAACCUUAUAAAUUUUAAAGAAAAAAUUUUAAACAGAAAAAAAGGGGAUGGGACCCAAAAGACGUUUAUCCGUUGCUGAGCGACAGCAACGUGCGAACGCAGCAUCAGCACCUAAGAAACGUUCUACUACCGGUGGUAGUGCAAAUCAUUCGCCUGCUUCUCGUAAACCGAGCGGAAGUAGUUCAAGUGCUACAGCAACUGCAUCAACGUCUCCCUCGAAAGAACCUCUUAAAACCAACUCACCGGCUAAGAAAUCUAACAAAAUUCCGGUUAAAGAGAAACCCGAAGAAAUUGUGGAACCUGCAAUAGAUAAGUUGGAUCCUAAGGAAAUCAAAACUAAGGAGAAGAUUGAAGAGAAAAAAGCAACCACAAGAGCUUCUUCUCGCGAGAAUGUAAAAAGAGGUGCUAAUGAAGCAGAAGAUAAAGUAGAACCAGUAACUAUACUAGCAGCCUCUAAAGACGAGCUUAAAACUUUGGAUUCUAGCCACAAAGAAAAAGAGGAUAACAUUAGUUCCAACUCCAGCACUACUAGUAGCAGUUCUAAGCAACUGGAUAAAAAGGAUGGCAAACACAAAGCCAUUAGCAAAAUGCUUAAGAGUUUAGAUAUAAAAAUUAGUGGUUUUGAUAAUUUACUGCCCAAAGAGCAGAACAUACAGGAACUGGGUUUGAAAUCCUCGAUUUCGGAAAAUGUUAAAACUAAGUCGCGGGCAGCAGCAGUAAAAGUUAUAGCUUCCUUAAGUACGCCCAAACCGGUAAAAAGACCUAAAAAUCCUGAAGCAGAAGAAAGAAAGAAGGCGGCACAAAAACUAAACGAAAAAUCCAAAGAAAGCUCAAAAUUGUCGGCAAAGGAAACGGGGAAAGAGACGACUAAGGAUACUACCAAGAAUACAGAUAAAACUAGCCAUAGUCACAAAGCAAAAGUAGUAGAGAAAACUGUUAAAAUGAAAGCGAAUGAAAAACAUUCGACGGAAAUAGAGACUUUCAAAAUUAACGAAACAGCUGGAGUAGAGAAAGAAAAGAAAGUAGAAAUAAAUAUAGUAACCUUAGAGAAGGAAAAAUGCAAAGAAAAAGAGGAGGCAGCAAUUACUUUAAUUGAAACUAAAAAGAAAAUGGCGGCUAAAAAGGCGCGAAUAGAUCAACAGCUUAAAGCAAAGAAAUCUAAUGGAAACAAAACAAAACCAGACAAUCCAAAGGAGCCAGAAGAGCAUAAAGAAGAGCUGAAAGAAAAAAUAAAUAAGGAAACAGAAAAGCAAACUAAAGAAAAUACAGAAAAGCAAACAGUUAGCAAAAACAUAGAAAGCAAAGAUUCUCAAACAGAAACAGCUCCAAAAGAAAACUUAACAAAGGAAGAACCAAAAGCACAAAUCACAGAGGAAUGUCCUAAAAUAAAAGAUAAAAUAGAAGAACCGCCUAAAACCGAAGAAAUGCUCACAAAGAAAAAGUCACCAAAACAUAAAACUACUCAAAUAGAAGAAGAGCAUAACAAAACAGAAGCAAAAGAUUUGGAAAGCCUAAAAUGUAAACCAGAGCAAGAUAAUGUUCAAGAAAAUAAAGCGACUUUAGAAGAGCAGACGACUUUGAAUACAAAAGAAAAACAAAUAAAAUCUCCCAAAAAAUCACCAACACCCCAAAAACUAAACCAAUCCAAAGUAGUUAACGAAACAAAGUGCAAUAAUAUAGAUGAAAUUUUUGAAGAGAAAGAAGAAAUACUUAAAGUGGUCAUAGAUUCCAAUACCGAUGUAGUACAAAUGGAAAUUGAAGAAAUCUCAACUAUUAAAGUAAAAUCGAAAGACUUAAAGGAAGAGGAGAAUGGGGCUAGUAGUUCAACACCAAAAACAAAAAAGGAAGAAGAACAGUUAAAUGAAUCUGAACAGAAAAUUGCGGAAAACAGGGAAGUGGCAGAAAAAGAGAUUAAAGAAGUCAAAAUAACCAAAACGCCAGAGCUUAGUAAAGUAAACAUGGAGAAGCCAAUGAAUAUAGUGGCUCCAACUAAAACUCCUAUCAGCAAAAUAUCGAAUAUAAAACAAAGAUUCCAAACAAAAUUCAAAGUAAAUCCUAUUAAAACAAAAAUUUCCAAACCUCUCAAGAAACUGCAGUUAAAUAAAGUUUUGACAAACAAACCUUUAAUGACAGUUGAAAAGAAAUUACAAACUACCAAUGAUGUGUACGAUUUCAAAUCGGGUUCAGAAGAUGAGGAAUUCAUAAAAAUGGACUUGCCUACUUUAAAGAAUUUAAGAGAGUUCUCCGAAGAAGACGAGGACAAGAAAGUGCAGCAAAAGAAAACACCUAUUAAAAAGGAAUCUCUAAAAUAUGGCGGCAAUAAUAAAGACAAAAGUAAAAAUGAGGAGUUAGUCCUGAAAGAGAAGAAUAAAGAAGAUGACAAUGAAAAAGAAGAAAGUCUUAAGACUUUGCAAACUAAGGAGAAACUCAAAAAAGAAGAUGAACUUAAGAAAAGCUCUAGCCUGCAAGGUACACCGAAAAAGGAGCAAACUGCAAAAGAAACGCCUACAAAAGUUAUAAAAAGUAAACAAGAAACUCCCAGAAAAGAGAAAUCAGAACAAGAGAAAUCCAUCAAAUUCGCCGAAAGAAAUUCAGAGGAUAAAUCAAAUUCUGAUGCAGCCGAAGAUAAGGCAACAAAGAAAUCUGUUAAGAAAUCGGUUAAGUUGCCGAAAAAGGUUUUGAAAACUAAUCAAAAGAUUAAAACCAUUAAAAAGAAACCUUUAAAACAAAUAGCCAAGGUAUCUAAAGUGGUAAAGAGUAAAAUAACCAAGAAAAGCAAACAGAAAGCAAAUAAAACAAAAAUUUCUACAUCUGAGGGAAGUAGUAGUGAUUCUGAAGAUGGUAAAAACCUUAUAGUAUUUAGUCAGAAAAGACAUAGAAUGGCUUCUUUAAAUGCUUUGGCCAAAGUGCAGUGUUUAUAUGAAAAUGAGUCAAGAACAGCUUAUGAAUUGGGUUUGUCUAAGGCCACCUUAUUGCCGCCCAAAAUCAGAACAGUUGAUGAGGAAAAAGAUGAUGAAAAAGAAAAACAAAAAGAGAAAGAUAAGGAGAAAGAAAAAGAGCUAGAAAAGGAACUAGAAAAGAAAAAAGAAAAAGAAAAUGAAAAAGAUAAGGAAAAAGAAAAACAAAUGGAUAAAGAAAAAGAGAAAGAGAAAGACAAAGAGAAGGAAAAAGAUAAAGAGAAAGAUAAACCUAAAGUAAGCUUUAGCAAAAUAGAGGAUAAACCAAAAACUAAAAAGGAAAAGAAGUUGGAGGAGAAGAAGUUGGAGGAUCCCCUUAAAAUAGAAGAGAGUACUAAAGAGGAAAGUGAAGAAGAACCUCCGGAAGAACCCAAGCGUGAAUUGCGUAAUGUACCCGGAGGUCGAGGUAUAGGCAAACAUUGGGAAUUCGAUAGCGACUGUGAAUUAGAUGAAAUUGAUAUUUUACAAAUGAAAAAGAAAAAAUUGCAGAAGAAGAAAAAAGAUAAGGAAGAAAGGUUACAACAAUUAAGAGAUAAAAAAGAAUUGGAAAGCCUUAAUACUAAAGAAGGUUCUACGGAGCAAGUGCCUAUAAAGGUUAAAAGAAAAUAUACACGAAUAAAGAAACCCCUAAAGAAGGUAGUAAAAUUGGCUACUGGCAGCUCAGAUGAUGAAGGCAACUCUGAGUCCAGUGAUAAGGAGGAAAAGGUUAAAGAGAAACUGCAAAAACUUAAAAUGAACGAAGCAAAAAAGCCGCCAAAAAAACGUAAACGCAUACUUAAGGAAGAACUUAUAGGAGACUAUAAGGGUAUAUUGGCGCGUAAACGUAUGGCCAGUUUAAAUGCCAGUGCUAUAGUGGCAGCUACCUAUGAAGUAGAAAGACAUUUGGACCGUAAUUUAGGGCAACUAAGUGGCUAUGAAACCUAUGAAGAUGAACAGAAAACACCAAGUAAGAAAACUAAGGAAACAAAAGUGGCGUCUAAAGAAACCAAACCCAAAAUAGCAGCUACUACCACGGCUACUGUAACUACAACUAAUAAUACAGCCACCACCUCUACUUCUAGCUCUACUAAUCUUACUUCCAAUACUACAGCUAAUACUUCUUCAAACUCUACCACCAUUCCCACGCCAACUGCUAAAGAAAUUUACAAAAACUCUCCUGCUAAAGUGGCAACAGCUACCAGUGAUUCCAAGCCUACGGCUCCUCAUACACCGACCAAAGUGGAAAAACCCACAAAUAUUUGUGAAGAGAGCAAUGAUUCGAAGUACUCUAAAGAAACCAAAGAAACUAAUACUGAUACUACUACCACUACUACUUCCACUUCGUCGGGUAGUAGUAGCACUACCAAUAGCACUAAAGAUGCUAAAGAUUCCAGUCGUCCUACCUCGUCGAGUGUAGUUAUUGUCCAGGAUACUGAUGUUACCAUAACGGGUGUCUAUGUUAAUUCAUCGACGGGUUCUAGCCAAGAGGCCUAUUGUAAAAUGCAAUAUCGUGUACAAUCUAGUGUAACGGAAGAACGUCUGGUGCGUCCUGGUUCUACAGAACCGCCACCUAAAUCCUAUACUCCUUUAAGUGCUUUGUCGAGUAUGUUGCCGCCAGGUGCUACCGCUGCUGCAGGAGUAGUUAGUGAAGGUCAUUCAACUGCCACACCACCCCCAGCACCCACUGCUAAUGCCACACAAUCUUCUGCAGGCGCAUCUUUAAGUGAAACUCUCAACGCUGCCGCUGGUCUUUACAAUCCGGCCGAUCUUGGUAUACACACCGAACAAGGUCCCCUCGAUCAUCAUGGACCACCACCACCAUCUUAUGCUGCCGCAGCGGCUGCAGCAGCUGCUGCCUAUCAUGCCCACCACAUGUCUCCUCAUGGUGCUGGUCAUCAUCAACAUCAGUACGCUCACUCACAUGUUCAUCAUCAGUAUCAACAGGCGGCUGGCGAUCAUCAUGGUAUGCCUCCACCACCACAUCAUUAUGGUGGCUCAGGGCCGCCACCAUCACAUUAUGGUCAACCACCUCCACCGCCGGGUGGACAUUGUGAGGCUGGUUCACCACCACCUACAUAUCGUGCCAGUAGUACUUAUGGCUCAAAUCUUUCCGGACCUACGGGACAAUCCGCAGCACUACCCUCUGCCAUGGGUAGUGGCGGUGCUUUUUGUCCUACCAACGUUCAUCUGCAACAACAACAUCAACAACAGCAACUAGCACAACAGUCAUCACAAAGUGCAGCACAACAGCAGGCAGGAGCUCAAGCCUCAGCGAAUGAAACAAGUGGUUAUUAUCAACCAGCUGGACCAUUGAUCUCACCUCAUGUUAUACCACCAGUAACAGCUGGUCCACCCAUACCACCAAAUGUGCCAUUGUUGCCAGCAACUACAACUAAAAUUAAGUCGCAAACACCAACAACACCCACAGCCGAUGGUAAUGAACACUUACCAACGACUGCACAAAUAAAUCCCGCAACAACGGAACCAACCGAUACGGAUGUACUCAUUGCUGGAGGGGAUUUGACACCUUUCCGCUAUCCACCACACAGUGCCAGUGGUGGUACAUCACCGACCACAGCUGCAGCAGCAGCGGCAGCACAUCACAGUCAACAACAACAGCAGCAACAACAUCAUCAAUUACAUCAACAAGCUGCUGCAGCAGCCGCAGCAGCGGCCGCGGCGGCAGCUGCUGCUCAUCAAGGUUCACCAUAUCCCCGAUCGAUGCAUGCUCAAAUGCACUAUUCCACAGCUUAUCCGGCUAAUUACUACUCACCAUAUCCCGGUGAACCCAUAUGCUAUUCACCACCUGCCUAUCAACCAUAUUUUCCAACCAAAGUUUAUCAGAGUGCACCGCCACCACCACAUCAUUCGGCUUACCGAAGAUAUCCCUACUAUCAACCAGGUCAUCCACCACCACCAGCGGAUUUAUAUGAACAUGCACCACCACCGUCAACGGGUGCUGCUCCACCUCCGGGUGGACCGCCACCGUCACAAUCGGGUGGUCCUCCUUCCCAAGGGGGCUCACAGUUAGUACCGGCUGGUCCGGCAGCACAUAGUCAACAUUUGGAACAUUAUCCCGGUCCGCCAGGUUAUUAUCCUAGUUAUAGUCCUGGAGGGGGUGCAGCUGGUCAGUGUUAUUCACGCAGUAUUCAGGCUCCGUAUAUGGAAUAUCCGCCACAAUGUCCGUGUCCAAUGCAACAAUCGUGUCCAAAAAACGUCCAUACUGGGCCUCAUAUUGGUAGCAACAGCAACAGCAGCAGCAACAACAACAGCAACAACGUCAACAACAGUACUUCAACCAACAACAGCAACAACGUAGCAACAAUGAACAAUCACUGCAACAACAGCAGUUUGAAUGUAACUAUGUCACACAGCAGCAGCAACAACAACAGCAGCAGCAACAACAACAGCAGCAGCAACACCAACAAACCAAUGAACAACAACAACAACAGCAGUUCGAGUACCAACAGCAGCAGCAACAAUUUGAUGAUGAAUGCCAAGAGCAAUAAUAGCAACAGCAGCAGCUUCAAUAGCAACACCAACAGCCAACAGGCAUUGACUACCAGUAGAGGCCCAGUUAAAAAUUUAACACCCACCCAUAACAACAUAAAUUCUAACUCCCCAGUGGUAAAUAAUGAGAUGCGCAAAGAGAUACCAAAGACUUUACCGCUAUUAUCGAUAGCAGUCAAAACAGAAAUGACUACAGAUGAUACGGAUAACAAAAGUCAAUAUGAGGAGAAUGUGUUGACACCACUAACACCUCCCGAGAAUUAUAGCACAAAUGAGGACAAGUUGCGUGAUUCCUUGGACAAGGAUACAGUGACUGCCAUACCCUUGGAAGAGGAUAUAGAAGAGGCAAUUGAUAAGUUACAAGCUAACAAUCCGCAGCAUCAGUUACCUCCUCAAAGAGCUAACAAUAAUCACUUGUUGGCCAUAGCUACACCCAUAGAGGCCUAUGAUUUGACUACCACCACACCGCCCUUGCAGAAUAACUCCAUACAACAGCCUACAAAUGGAGCUGCACAGUCGGCCCAGCAAACAGUUGGUAGAAGAGCUAGAAUUGGCAAAUCCAUGGCUUGGAAUAUGGUAUAUGCAGGUGCAGCCACACAGCCUAACUCGGCUAAUAAUAUAGCCCCCUCAACAAAUACGCCCACCCAGCCUACGGCCUUGGUAACAGCGCGUUCCAGUUCUCAACCGAAUUCACCCAUGCACUGUAAUAUUUUAAACUCACCUCAAAGAGUAGUGGCGGCUCACAACUCACCUCAGCAUAAUAAAAAUGUAAAUAAUAUUAGCAACAUGUUGCUCAAUGUUACCAUACCGCCAACAGCACCCAUCAACUCUUCCAACUCAGUAACCGUUAGCACAAAACAAGAAAUAGAAGAAAUUACCACACCUCUACUUUUGAAAGCCGAAAUUAAAGCGGAAAAAAUUAAACUUGAGGACGAUCUAUUGGACACAGUGCUGCAGCAACAUAACAAUGUUGUACAACAUGUUGCUACUUCUACACAGAAACAUAUCAACAUACCAGACAAAGAAGAGCUUAAAAUUAUUAAGGCUGAGCCUGUUAGCCUAAGCGAGGUUUUAAGCGAAAGCAAAGUGAAGAUAGAGAAUGAUUGUGAAAUCAUUAAAGCGUCAGAUGCUAAGGAAAGUGAGCAAUUGGAGUUGGAAGAACAUAAACUCAAUUCGGCGCUAAGUAAACCAUCGCAUCGCAUGCGUUUGUUGCCCCCCUGUGACAUUGAUCUUUGCAAUGCCUCAGACGAUGAAGUACUCGAUCUUUGCCAUAGCCCUGUUGUGGGCUCAUCCUCAGGAAAACGCAUGAAAAUAUUGGAAUUUAAUAAAAACCAGUGUAAAAAAUCACCACCCAAUAGUUAUAAGAGUUUAAUCAAACAGACCGAGCCUAAGACAUACCUUUGUCUUAGUCGUAAAUUCGAUAAGAAAUCUCGUUUUGGAAAACUACAUUCUACAAAAUUCAAUAAAAAUAAUGGCAUCAAUAACGGCAUACGACGCAGAGAACUAAUACUCACGGACCAACAAAAACAAAGACUGAGGGUACGCAAGAAGAAAUUGGCCGCCAUAGAAAAGACAAAGAGAGAAGCUAGGGAGCUAAGAAGAGCUGAGAUAAAACAGAAACGUAAAGAAGCUAAACGUGAAAGGGAAGUUAAACAUGAAAAACUUAUAAUUGAAAGCAAAACCGCAGUUGAAAGCUCAAAGGAAGAGGAAAAAUCCAGCAUAGUCAACUUGAUUGAAGAGGACGAACAACGGGAAACCAAAAUUAAAUUAACCUCUGAAGCAACAGAUAUGACCUCAAAUAUUGGUCUCAAACUCAACAAAUCUGUUGAUAAUUCCCCCCUAAAUACACCAAAACCCUCACCCAAACGCGGGAAACCGGCUAAAAAACCAACUAUACCAUUACAUCUGCUAGAAACUAUUGACGCUGUAGCUAGAGGUUAUUUCUCGGAACCAGAAUGUCCUCGAUCUUCCAUAAGCUUAAAAGUAACAUCGCCCUGCCAUAAGGAUUUGCCCAAAAGUAAACUGGAGGAUCAAGAAACAAGAAAACCUCUGGUAACAAAAACACAAAAUAAAAUUAAAACCACCUCCGAGAAAAGAUCGAAAUCUGAGACCAAAAAACCUAUAAAAACUUUAGGUCAACUGAACAACAGCGAAGAGGUCAUCAUUAGCUUUGAAUCACUAACAAGACCAGUUUUAGAUUUGUCAACGCAUAAAGCCAUAACAGUUCCCUUACAGACUACCUCGAGUGUAAUUGAACAAGAAUUGUGUCAAGAAAUUCAACCAGCAACGUCUGAUCAGGCUGAUGAACUACAUACGGAUAUUCCAACUAAAGUUAGCAAAAUUUCAACUUCGAACCAUAAAAAAUCAAGAUCAAAGGAAUCAAAAUCUAAAAAAGAGAGAAAACCCAAAAAGUCAUCAGCAUCAUCUACUACUACUACUUCUAAUAGCAAAAAAUCAAAAUCCUCGAAAAAAUCAAAGAGUUCUAAGAGUGAAGAGGACACUUUUAACAAUACAAAAUUUAAUAAUGUCUUUGAUCCGGAAAUACAAGUAUCUGAGUGUAGCGAUUCAAACUCGGCCCUAGUAGAAACUAAUAAUAAUGAAUACGAUAAAGUUUUAAUUGAUAUACCAACAACAUCUUACAAAGAAUCUCAUAUCUUGGAUAAACCUGUAAUGGAAGUUGAAGAUCAAAUGACAACAAACCCAACAACACUGGCUGGUACAGUGGAAACUUCUCUUGUUCAAACAAACGCUCAAAUAACAUCACCAUCUCCAACCACACCAUUAGCAGCUGUAGAUCAGAUGUCUUCAGUCUCAAAACAGCAACAACAUUCCAAUGAUAUUACACAGGUAGCCUCUACCGCUACUGCAUCUACUGCUAAUACUGUAUUCCUCCAACCAAUACUUCCGCCUAUGCCACGCAUAGUAUGUCACUCACAUCAUCAUCAGCAUGCGGGCAAAAGAUCACGUUCACGUUCCAAGUUUGGUAGUCGUAAACGCCAAAAGCUAAAACAUUCCACCGUAUCCUUUGAGGUUGAUGAGACACUGCCUGCGGUACCGCGCAGUGAUGUGGUGCCAAAGUGGAAUAACGGUUGGACCUGGGAGGGAGAACCAUUCCAGGGUGCUGUAUUUUUAAAUAGUGAUGAUCCAUUAGUUAUUCGCACUUGUUAUCCUGCUAUGCGUCAUCUUGAGGGCGAUAUUAUACGUUCACGUGAUUGUGUACUCCUAAAGGCAAACGAUGAAAAUGAAUUACCCUAUGUGGCAAAAGUCGCUCAUCUAUGGGAAAAUCCAGAAGAUGGAGAAAUGAUGAUGUCAUUGUUAUGGUAUUAUCGUCCUGAACAUACCGAACAAGGUCGACAACCCAGUGAUAGUCCUGACGAAGUCUAUGCCUCGCGUCAUCGAGAUCAUAAUUCUGUGGCCUGCAUUGAAGACAAGUGUUAUGUUUUAACAUUUAGUGAAUACUGCAGAUAUCGUCGACGACUACGUGCUGCUGAAGAAGAUAUUGAAGACGUCAAUAUUGUACCGAAACGACCCAAUUAUUAUAGUAUACGAAUAGUACCCGAUAAUACCAAUCCGGAAUUGGUAAUGUUUUGUCGUCGGGCGUAUGAGUUUCGAACAAAACGUCUGCUUAAGAUGCCAAAUAAACAGGAUUAUUAUGUCGUAACAUCAUAAACUGAUCACACAAGCACUUAUCACAAAAAAGAUAUAAAAA